CGCAUCUAGAUACAGCAAACAUCAGCAAGAAAAGUGGCCCUAGGAGGAUUUGGCCACCCUCACCAACAAAGGAGCAGAGCGGCGGCGCGAGCCAGGAGGAUGAGGAGGGGCUCUGGGAGCGGUCCGGCCUGGUGGCUGCAGGUACUGUCGCCUUUCCUGUUGCUUUUGUUCCACGGAGCUCUCGCGGAUCAGAUCCGCUACUCCAUUCCCGAGGAGCUGGCCAAGAACUCGAUAGUAGGAAACCUCGCAAGGGAUCUGGGGCUCAGUGUCCAGAAUCUGCCCACCCGGAAGCUAAGGGUCAGCGCAGAGAAGGAUUAUUUUACUGUAAAUCCAGAGAGUGGGGACUUACUUGUGGGUGACAGAAUAGACAGAGAGCAGGUUUGCGGGAAGCAGCCUCAGUGUGUUUUGGAGUUCGAUAUUGUCGCUGAGAAGCCCUUAAAUAUUUUCCACGUAGCUGUAAUUCUUCAGGAUGUGAACGACAACGCUCCUCUAUUCAAACAGAGUGAGGUUGAUUUAAACAUUGGAGAGUCCACCAGACCAGGUAAAGCAUUUCCAUUGGAUCCAGCCCUCGAUUUAGAUGCUGGUUCUAAUUCUCUGCAAAAAUACUAUCUCACUGACAAUGAAUACUUUGAAGUCACGGAGAAAGAGACCCCAGAUGGACGUAAAUAUCCUGAGUUGAUUCUAAAACGUUUUCUGGACAGAGAAGAGCAUAAUUUUCACCAACUGGUCCUCACGGCUGUGGAUGGGGGAGAUCCUCCCCGAAGUGGCACCACCCAGAUCCGAAUCCAAGUCACAGACAUCAAUGAUAACCCGCCAAUGUUCAGCCAGGAUGUGUUCAGUGUCACCCUUCGGGAGGAUGUACCACCAGGCUUCUCCGUGCUUCAGGUGACAGCCACCGACCAGGACGAGGGUGUCAAUGCAGAAAUCACCUACGCUUUUCACAAUGUGGAUGAACAAGUGGAACGGAUUUUUAACUUAGACAAGAGAACAGGAGAAAUCACGACAAAGGAUAAUUUGGAUUUCGAGACAGCUAAGAGUUACACCCUGAAUGUAGAAGCAAAAGAUCCCGGAGACCUAGCAUCCCAUUGUAGUAUCCAAGUGAAAAUUCUGGAUGAGAAUGAUUGUGUACCGGAAGUAAUUGUGACGUCAGUAUUUACCCCCCUACCAGAAGAUUCUCCACUAGGAACAGUCAUCGCCUUGAUAAAAACCAGAGACAGAGACUCUGGAGAAAAUGGAGACGUCUACUGCCAUGUGUUGGGAAAUGAAGGGUUUGUAUUGAAAUCUUCUUCGAAGAAUUAUUACAAACUAGUGACAGACAGAACUCUAGACCGGGAGGCGAUACCGGAAUACAACGUCACCAUUGUAGCUGCCGAUAGGGGUAAGCCCCCGCUCUCCUCUAACGUAAUCAUCACUCUCCAUAUCUCAGAUGUCAACGACAAUGCACCGGUUUUUCACCAGGCCUCCUACUUGGUCCAUGUGGCUGAGAACAACCCACCUGGAACCUCCAUUGCUCAAGUCAGUGCUUCUGACCCGGAUUUGGGAUCCAAUGGCCUCAUUUCCUACUCCAUCAUAGCCAGCGACCUAGAGCCAAGGGCACUAUCGUCCUUCGUGUCCGUGAACCAGGACAGUGGAGUGGUGUUCGCGCAGCGCGCCUUCGACCACGAGCAGCUGCGCUCCUUCCAGCUGACACUACAGGCGCGGGACCACGGAUCGCCCACACUCAGUGCCAAUGUGAGCAUGCGUGUGCUGGUGGGCGACCGCAACGACAACGCGCCACGCGUGCUGUAUCCCACACUUGAGCCCGACGGCUCUGCGCUCUUCGACAUGGUGCCGCGCGCUGCCGAGCCCGGAUACCUGGUCACCAAGGUGGUGGCUGUGGAUGCAGACUCCGGACACAAUGCCUGGCUAUCUUACCACGUGCUGCAGGCCAGCGAUCCCGGGCUCUUCAGCCUGGGACUGCGCACAGGCGAGGUGCGCACAGCGCGUGCCCUGGGAGACAGGGACUCAGCGCGGCAGCGCCUUCUGGUCGCUGUGCGUGAUGGUGGACAGCCACCGCUCUCCGCUACAGCCACGCUGCACCUCAUCUUCGCUGACAGCCUGCAGGAGGUCCUGCCAGACCUCAGCGAUGACCCUCUACCAUCUGACCCUCAGAGUGAGCUUCAGUUUUACCUGGUGGUGGCCUUGGCCCUGAUCUCAGUACUCUUCCUCCUGUCGGUGAUUCUGGCUAUUGCCCUGCGUCUGAGACACUCCUCCAGAUCAGCUGCCUGGGGCUGCUUUCAACCUGGCCUCAGCUCUAACCUUGCGACUGGAGUUCUCCCCAAUUACAAUGAGGGGACUUUACCUUAUUCCUACAAUGUGUGUAUUGCCUCACAGUCAGCUAAGACAGAGUUUAAUUUUCUCAAUGUGACUCCGGAAGUUGCUCCUCAGGACCUCCUCUGCGGCGACGACUCUUGGGUACCAGGUACUCUUGGAGACACUGACGUUCCGUUUGUCUCGGAUUCUAUCUCAAAGCAAGCCCCGCCCAACACUGACUGGCGUUUCUCUCAAGCCCAGAGACCCGGCACGAGCGGAUCCCAAAAUGGUGAUGAAACUGGCACCUGGCCCAACAACCAGUUUGAUACAGAGAUGCUGCAAGCCAUGAUCUUGGCCUCUGCCAGCGAAGCUGCUGAUGGGAGCUCUACCCUGGGAGGGGGCGCUGGCACCAUGGGUCUGAGCGCUCGAUACGGACCCCAGUUUACCCUGCAGCACGUGCCUGACUACCGCCAGAACGUGUACAUCCCUGGCAGCAAUGCCACGCUGACCAAUGCCGCUGGCAAACGAGAUGGCAAGGCUCCAGCAGGUGGUAAUGGCAACAAGAAGAAAUCGGGCAAGAAAGAGAAGAAGUAAUAUGGAGGCCAGGCCUUGAACCACAAGGCAGCCUCCCUCCCCAGCCAGUCCAGCUCGUCCUUACUUGUACCCAGGCCUCAGAAUUUCAGGGCUCACCCCAGGAUACUGGUAGGAGCCAGGGCCAUGCUCCCCGUUGGGAAACAGAAACACGUGCCCAAGCCAACACCCCCUCUCUAUACCCUAGGGAGUUGAAUAUGCAAAGAGAGUUCUGCUGGGACCCCCCUAUUCAAUCAGUGAUUGUACCCACAUGGGUAGCAGGGUUUGUGUGUGUGGACAUACACACACACACACACACACACACACACAAACCAUGCCACACUCCCUUAGUUACAGCUGAACUCCUCCAUCUUCCAACCCAGGCAGGCUUAUCCAUCUCCUGCCGCCCUCUCCCCACCCCACCCACUCCUUCAGUCCCUCUCUUUGAGCAAGGUAGCUGGGCUGUUGGGGUGACCGGUGAGCUAAGCCGGCUCCUAGUUCUGAACGGUAGGGAGAGUAUUACAAUCUUUUGGCCUCUCCUUCAGUUCAGCUUUCCCCCAAAGCAUGGUUUGGUACCAGUCUUCUCUUUUCCUUCCAGAGCCUGAGACCAAUGCUUAAGUUUUGGGGGAACAGGCACCCUCCCUCUGGUACUGAUGAUGCUUGCUGGAUUUUGGGAAGGCAUUUUGCUACUAAGCCUCUUUUCAAUGCCUGGGGACAACUAGUCUUUUGUUUUUCAUUGUUUGAUGUUCCCACUGCAUGCUGUGACUUCCCUACACCUCAAAGAAGAGACUCCUUUGCAUGUCUGGAGACAGUAGGGGGUGGUAAACUAAAGGGAAGUUGAGAGUGUAUACUGCUGGGAGUGGGGCAGUGGACAAAACAGCCUGUUAAUAGGGUCUUGCAAGGGGCUCUGUAUGUACCCAGGGGACUGGCUCAAUCCUCACAUUCUAGCCAUAGACAAACACCAGGCCAGACCCCUCCAUUCUGGUUCAGCCUGGGCAGCUUGGGCUGAGCCACCAGGACCAAUGGAUUUAAGCUGACAUUUCAGUCCAAGACGACGACUUCUAAGUGAGUUUAAGACCAGAGAGGAAAGAGGGGCCUCUGUGGGUGCUGGGUACUCCAGAGGUGCCCUUGGUGGGAGGACCAGUGGUCUUAGCAGGAAGGGGGGCCCAGCAAGGUCAUUCUUGGACCCUGGGUCUAGUCCAGUAGCUAGAAAAAGGGACCAAGUGGCCAUAAAGUCCCAGCCAAUGAUGGGGCUUUUCCAGUGGGCCCCUGUAGACCUCAAGCCCCUGGCCUCCACCUUACCAGGUGCCAUUUCUUCUCAGAAGGCCACUGCCCAGGCCCCCAGGCCGCCCCCUUGUGGCCAGAGAACGGUUAAAGCCCCCCAGUGCCUCCUUGUGCAUAGAACUUCCUCUGCCCUAGCCCUUACAGUAGUGUAGAAGAUCCCCCUCCCCCGCUGGUGUAGAAUAGCCAAUAGUAUAGUGUGGUGUGCUUUUACGUGAUGGCGAGUGGGCAGCGGGCGGUGGGCUGUACACAGCCGUCUGUCCUUUGAAUCUCAAUCUGCCUGCGCGGCCCGUGCUGUGUUUUGUGCUGUGUCCACACGCUGCGGCGACCCCUCCCUGUACUGACUUCUCUAUAAAAAGCUUCUCUUCGCAUAGUCACGUAGCUCCUGCCCAUCCCCCUUCCGAUAUCUCUCGCAAGUUUUAUACUCUAAUAUUUAUAUGGCUUUUUUCUUCGAAAAUUAAAAAUAAAAAAAUGGUUUCUUCUGAA